UAUGUUGCUGUUUACAAUUGGAGAUUUAGUUUCAAAAAUGCGAUUUCAAAUUAAAAACGCAAAUUUGCUUCUGAAAUUUUUAAGAAAAGAGAACAAAUUAAGGGAAGCUGUUCCUAUUUCUACUGCAAAUAGUGACUUUAAAAAAGUCUUGGCACCUUGUGAGCAUAACUCCAUCCCGGGACCUACCAGGUGGCCGGUGGUGGGGAGCCUGCCGUAUCUAAUAAGAAAAGGAGGACUCCAAAAACAACACAUAACGCUGGUGGAAUUUCAUAAGAAAUUUGGGAAGAUUUUUAAGAUGAAAUUGGGUCCGAUUGAGUCAGUGUACGUUGGGGCUCCGUGCCUCCUGGAGGCUCUUUACCGCAGAGAAAGCAACCACCCCCAGCGCCUGGAGAUCAAGCCAUGGAAAGCUUACAGAGACUACAGAAAUGAAGCGUAUGGACUGCUCAUACUGGAAGGCAAGGACUGGCAAAGAGUGAGAAGCAUAUUCCAGAAAAAGUUAAUGAAGCCAACUGAAGUAAUAAAACUGGAUGGAAAAAUCAACGAGGUUCUGAAGGAUUUUAUUGGAAAAUUAGAGAAGCUUCGUGAUGAGACAGGCAAGAUUAAUGAUUUAUACCAGGAACUGAACAAAUGGUCCUUUGAAACAAUUUGUUUGGUGUUGUACAAUAAGCGACUCGGUUUUCUGGAACAACAUGUAGGUGAAGAAUCUUUGAACUUCAUUCAGUCUGUUAAAACUAUGAUGGAUACAUUUGGAAAAAUGAUAGUGACUCCAGUUGCACUUCAUAAGAGCCUUAAUACGCAGACUUGGAAGGACCAUACAGAAGCUUGGGAUAACAUAUUCAAAAUAGCAAAAUGUUACAUUGAUGGAAGACUGAACAGUGACUCAUCCUGCCCUGCCAAUGACUUCCUCUCAGACAUCUACAAUGACAGUAAACUAUCAAGAAAAGAGCUAUAUGCUACCAUCACUGAGCUCCAGAUUGGAGGAGUGGAGACGACUGCCAACAGUUUGCUAUGGGCCAUUUUCAAUCUCUCUCGCAAUACCAAAGUGCAAGAAAAACUUAAUGAGGAACUGCUGCGUGUGCUACCUAAAAACCAAACUCCAACUGCAGAAGAUAUUAAGAAACUGCCCUACCUGAAAGCUUGUCUGAAGGAGUCUAUGAGAAUUACUCCUUCUGUGCCCUUUACAAGUCGGACCUUGGAAGAAGAAAUCGUCCUUGGUGACUAUCUGCUGCCUAAGGGAACUAAUUUAAUGAUAAGCUAUCACGCGUUAGGAUGGAAUGAAGAAUAUUUUGAUGAUGGAAUGCAGUUCAAACCUGAGCGCUGGCUACAGGAUAAGGAUAAAAUCAAUCCUUUUGCUCACGUUCCAUUUGGGAUUGGAAAAAGGAUGUGUAUAGGCCGGCGGCUGGCAGAAUUGCAGAUUCAGUUGGCUCUCUGCUGGCUGGUACAAAGGUACAGAAUAGUGGCAACUGAUGAAGAUAAUGUGGAAGUACUGCAUUCUGGGAUAAUGUUGCCAAAUCGUGAGAUCCCUGUUGCGUUCCACAACCGUUAAAAGGAGCACCUUGAUUGUUCGAGCGCACAGCCAACCCUACGCUCUUGUUAACCCCGACAUUUUAUAAUCAGUCAAAAAGGCAUCACAAGGCCAAAAGAAUGUUGUGGGAGUGGAAGGAUUACAACACUUUUUCUGACUCACAGACGAUUACAGUCUACACCUGGUCUGAUAAGAAAUUUAGUAAUGCAACCUUAUUUUGACAGACCCAUUCACUGAGUAAUAGCCUUACAUACUGUACAUAUUGUAAAGAAAUACAACGUGAUAUUUGAUGCUUAAUAUUCUGUAAAGUUAUAAUGUAUUAUACACGUCUGUAUGUAAAAACAUAUAAAGUAAGGGUUUUCAAAUAACCAGAAGAAACUCUCUCCAUGAAACCUUGUGUCUGUGCCAGUACUCUGCAAACAAACUGUCCACACAGACCGGGUUGUUUUUAGGUGGAUUUGUGUUGUUGCUAUAAACAGCAGGUGUUAGACAAUCUACACAUUGUAAAUCUGCUAGAUGAAGGAAGGAUUUCAGACAGAGAAUACCUGUUUUUUUUUCUAGAUUAACUAGAAAAAUUGCAGCAAGUAUAGCUGAUGUAGAAAUUCACCUUCAAAGGUAGUGAUAAACAGGAUGUAUCACAUUGAAUUCAAUAUUCAAUUGUGCCUAUGAAAUGUAAAUCCAACCGUGAUGUACAAUAUGAGAUCAAAGUUAUUCCUCCCACUCUGUAUUGUUAUAUAGGGCGAAUCCCUCCUCCGCUUUCUUUGUUAUAUUUAAUUAUGUAAAUACCAUAGAUAUUAAUUAAACUGCAAAUUUAUACAUCAAAUCAAUAUUUACGUCCUUGUUUAAAUCCUGAAGUCUGCUGAUAAAUUAACAUUUAUGCCUGUUUGUGUUACAUAUAAAAUUGCACUCAAUUUAAAAUCCAAUUUAAAAGUUAAAGGCAUUUUCUGAUGUAUUAGUCAAUCAUAGAACUGAAACAAAUUUUACUGCCUGACUUGGGAAAAAAACAAUAUGCUAAUAAAAGAUAAUAAGAACAAUUUA